CGUACAUGCAGGUAUAUCGAAGGACAAUUCAACACACCAUGCUGCGCCGGGUGCUGGUCGACAGCGGCAUUUGUGAGCUCACGAUGGCACACGCCAAGUCGAGGAAUGCACUCAGCCUCGAGUUGAUAAGAGAGCUAAAGGUUGCGCUGGAUGAUAUCCACAACGACUCUACCAUUCGAGUCGUCGUGCUGGCCGCCGAGGGACCAGCAUUCAGCUCUGGGCACAACCUCAAGGAUUUACUAAGUGCUCGCAACGAUGGUGGCGAAGAUGGAUUUGGCGUUCUCGACGCAUCGUCCAACGGCGCUGCUGUGCUUGGCACGACCUUCAACGAAUGCAGCAACUUGAUGCAGACCAUGAUGCACAUGCACCAGCCUGUCAUCGCAAAAGUGAACGGGGUUGCGACUGCUGCCGGAUGCCAAUUGGUGGCCACUUGCGACCUCGCCUAUGCAUCCCAGUCAUCCAAGUUUUGCACCCCAGGUGUCAACAUUGGGCUCUUUUGCACAACUCCUGGGGUCGCGCUCGCUCGAGCCGUGGGUCGUAAGCACGCCAUGCAUAUGCUCUUGACGGGGGACAUGAUUCCUGCCGCCGACGCCGCGGCGAUGGGUCUCAUCAACGCGGCUGUGCCAGACGAGGACUUGAACGCGACGGUCUACGGUAUCGCUGCCAAAAUUGCUGGAAAGUGUCAACUGGCCACCAGAUUGGGCAAGUCGGCGUUUUACAAGCAAAUGGACAUGGCUGUCCCAGACGCGUAUGCGUUUGCUUCUUCCGUCAUGACGGACAACAUGCGAUCGCACGAUGCGAAAGAGGGCAUUGCCGCGUUUCUCAACAAAACUACGCCUCGCUGGACCAACCAGUAGGGACGCUUGUGUUGCCAACGAAACACGCCUUCCAUCUCAUGUCCUUGUGUAAAAGCAUACUCGUUCACGUUGCAUCGUCUCCGUGACUAGAUAUGGCUGAAGCCAUCCGUUCGGAUUAGCUCAAUUGUGCUGAGCCAUGGAUUCCGGAGCGGGGCUCAGGCAUCCAGCCACACCAAAAUCUUGUCGACAAACGCACGGAGGCCUGGGCGUAUUCAAGUGAUGGCGAAAUGUAUCGCCAUGCAUGCUGUCGAGUAAGCUCGACGAAUUCCAGUGAAAGGUGCCGCCAGUGUGGACCUAGCCAGCCCAUGGAGUGUUCACGGCCACAGCAGGCAUGGUCCACCCUGGACAUGAUUACUCAAAACGUCUUCGCUAAUGUCCGUGGGCCGCGGCGUAGUGUGUAAAGGCA